AUGAAUAUAAUUCCAUUUGAAAUGCUAAGUAUAUAUGCACGUUUGGCAAAACCUUUUAUUUGUUUUUUUUCUGCUUGCACGCAGUGCGUGCAAGUCAAUAUCAUUUGUAAUAAAACGUGUAUCGACGUGAGAACGACAUUCUUCGUAAUAUUACCCGGCAACAUGACGGAAGCAAAUCCAGGAAAAUCUGACGACAAUAACUCGAAGAAAGAUCAUCAUGACGAACCUGAUGAUAUCGACGAUGAAAAACAAGUCGAAAAGCCGUUAUUAGAAUCGCCACCUGAAACUGAAAUAAAACAACCAAGAAAAAAGAUUAAAAUGUCGGCAAAGAAGCAGAAAGCAACAUCUGCCGAAGAGGUUGCAGGUGGUGGUGAUUCGUCAAUGUUCGACAUAACAUUGGAUCAACUGAAGGAACUCAUGCAGGAACGAGGCAAAGACUUAAUGGAAAAAUUAAAACAAUCAGAAUACAAUGGUGUCAAAGGCAUUUUAGAAAAAUUGAAAGUUGAUGGAAAUAAAGGUUUAGAUUCUAAUAACGAACAAGAUCUUGAACAACGUCGUGAAGCAUAUGGAAGAAAUGAAAUUCCACCCAAACCAAUGAAAUCCUUUCUCCGACUUUGCUGGGAUGCACUUCAUGACAUGUUAUUGAUUAUUUUAUUAGUUUGUGCUAUUGUAUCAAUUGGCCUCUCAUUUUACCGAGCACCGAAAGAAGACGAUAGUAAAGAAGAUGAACCUAAUUUGGAAUGGAUUGAAGGAGUAGCUAUUCUCGUUGCUGUGCUUGUUGUUGUAUUCGUGACAGCAAUCAAUGAUUGGAGAAAAGAACGGCAAUUUCGUGGGUUGGAGAGUAAAAUCGAAAAAGAUCAACAAACAUCCGUUGUACGAGAUAACAGUAUACAACAAAUUCCGAUCAAUGAACUCGUUGUUGGUGAUCUAUGCUUUAUUAAAUACGGUGAUCUUUUGCCAGCCGAUGGCUUGAUUGUACAAUCGAGUGAUUUGAAGAUUGAUGAAUCUUCUAUAACAGGAGAAACUGAUUUAAUUAAGAAGAGCACGAAAGAAGAUGUGGGAUUGUUAUCAGGUACACAUGUUAUGGAAGGUAGUGGUCGGAUGGUUGUCGUAGGUGUUGGUUUAAAUUCCCAAGUUGGUAGUAUUAUGAGUUUACUUGGUGCUGCUGGCGAUGAUUCGAAAAAGAAAGGAAAGAAGGACAAAGGUAAAGACAAAAAGAAAGAUAAACCAGACGAAAAGAAAAAGUCCAAGCCAAUUUCAUCGACGAAAGUCGCGCCAGAUAGAUCAACAUCCGAUGAGAAGAAAAGCGACGCUCAAACAGUGGAAACAAUUAAUGAAACGAAACAAUCAUCAACAAGUCAUCCACGUGUUCGAAAACUACCCGAAGUCAAUCAACCAAGUAAAGAAGAACAUGAAAUGAAACCAACAAAAUCAGCCGAGUCGAAAGACGAUGGUGACAAUAAAUCGAACAAAUCAUCAAAUUCUAAUGAUGGUGAUAACAAGAAUAGUGAAUCGAAAAAGCAAUCAGUCAAAAGCACAUCGAAUGAUGGAGACGAUAGUAGUGAGCAAAAACUAAAGAAAUCAAGCUCGAAAAGUCUCAAUAAAAAUGAAUCAGAGAAGAAAAAAUUAGAUUCUGAUGAAGAAGAUAACAACGACGAACAAGACACGAAGAAAUCCAGUUCGAAUGAAGAUGCUGUUGGCGACCAAAAGGAGCAGCCAUUGAAAGCAGAGAAUAAAAAUGACCAAGAAACAAAAAAAUCCGGUUCCGACGACGAAUCCGACAACGGUGAGGGUGAUAAAGAUAAACAAGAAAAGACUUUAACAAAAAAGAAAAGUAGUGAUAAUAAAUCCGAGAAGAAAUCCAACGAAAAUGAAAGUGACAAUGAAGAACAAGAAAAGAAAUCAGAAACAACGAAACAAAAAGAAAGUGACGAUCAAGUCAAACCAACAUCAGCGGAUGAUGACAAGAAUAAAUCUGAUAAGAAAGAAGAUCCUGAAAAGAAAUCAGCCGGGUUAGCAGCAGUAGCCGAACAGGCUGACGAUGAAAAAGAUGGUGAGAGUGGAUCGAAAGAUGGUAAACAGAAAUCUGUUCUACAAGCAAAAUUAACUCGUUUAGCACUUUACAUUGGUUACAUCGGCAUGACUGCUGCAUUUUUAACACUAAUUUGUUUAAUUGUUCGUUUCUGUAUAACAACUUAUGUUGUGAAAGGGAAAAAAGCAUCUGGUGCUGAUGUUUCUUAUUUUAUUUCAUUUCUUAUUCAAGCAAUUACUGUCGUCGUUGUUUCAGUACCAGAAGGUCUUCCCCUUGCCGUUACACUCGCUCUUGCCUACGCCGUGCGAAAAAUGAUGACGGAUAACAAUCUUGUCCGACAUUUAGAUGCAUGCGAAACAAUGGGUAAUGCGUCAACCAUCUGUUCAGAUAAGACAGGAACCUUAACAACAAAUCGUAUGACAGUCGUGCAGUGUUAUGUUAAUGGUAAACAUUAUGAUAAACUACCGAAAAAUGAAGAAAUCAAUAAGGAUUUACUUCCACUUUUGUUCGAAGCUGUAACAGUCAAUUCAAAUUAUACAUCAAAAAUUGAGAAAUCGAAAGAUAAAGAAGAUGGCAGUUUGCCCAAACAAGUCGGUAAUAAAACUGAAUGUGCCUUACUUGAUUUGGUGCAGAAAUGGGGCGGAUCGUACGACGAGGUUCGAAAGAAUUUUCCCGAAGAUAAAUUGGUUAAAGUUUACACAUUCAAUUCUGCACGGAAAAUGAUGUCAACAAUUAUCGAACGUGAAGACGGUUAUCGACUUUAUACGAAAGGUGCAUCAGAAAUGGUUUUAACAAAAUGUAAAUCAAUCAUUGACAAAGAUAAUAAACCAAAAGAUUUAAGUGAGGAUGAAAAGAAGAAAAUCACCAAAGACGUGAUCGAGAAAAUGGCAAAUGAUGGUCUACGAACAAUUUCUAUUGCUUACCGCGAUCUUGGCAAAGAAAAGCAAAAUUGGGAUGACGAAGAUAAGAUUAUCAAGGAUUUAAUAUGUAUCGGUCUAGUAGGUAUUGAAGAUCCUGUUCGUGACGAAGUACCGGAAGCUAUUGAGAAAUGCCAAAAAGCAGGUGUGGUUGUUCGAAUGGUAACCGGUGAUAACAUUAUGACUGCUCGUUCUAUUGCUACGAAGUGUGGUAUUAUUAAACCGGAUGAUGAUUUUCUUAUAUUGGAAGGCAAAGAAUUUAAUAAACGUAUUCGUGAUUCUUCUGGAAAGAUUUCCCAAAAGAAACUUGAUGAAGUUUGGCCGAAAUUACGUGUUCUCGCACGUUCAUCGCCACAAGAUAAAUACAAUUUAGUCAACGGUAUUGUUGAGAGUCGAGUAACUGAAAACCGAGAAGUUGUUGCUGUUACUGGCGAUGGUACUAAUGAUGGUCCUGCACUCAAACGCGCUGAUGUUGGAUUUGCUAUGGGUAUUCAAGGAACAGAUGUUGCGAAACAAGCAUCGGAUAUUAUACUAACGGAUGAUAAUUUCUCAUCGAUUGUCAAAGCUAUGAUGUGGGGAAGAAAUGUUUAUGAUUGUAUUGCCAAAUUUCUUCAAUUUCAACUGACUGCCAAUCUCUCAGCUGGUGUGCUAUCUGUUAUUUCCGCAGCAGCUAUAAGUAGCGUUCCAUUACGAGCCGUGCAAAUGCUUUGGGUCAAUCUCGUUAUGGAUACGUUAGCAUCUCUUGCACUUGCCACUGAACCACCAACCGAAGAUUUAUUAAAUCGAAAACCAUAUGGUCGUACAAAAUCGAUUAUAUCACCAAUGAUGAUGCGUAAUAUUAUUGGUCAAUCAUUGUACCAACUGGCCAUUAUGUUUAUUAUUCUUUAUGCCGGACAAAAUUUUCUUGAUGUUGAGUCAACUGUUAUCAAAUUGCAAUCAAACCCUCAUGCCGGACGAGAAUUAAGUGCACAAUUUACGAUGGUAUUCAAUGCAUUUGUUUUAAUGACAUUGUUCAAUGAAAUCAACUCACGAAAACUACACGGAGAAAGAAACGUAUUCAAAGGUAUACACCGAAACCCAUUCUUCUAUGGUAUUUGGAUAUUCUGUUUUAUUGCACAAAUCCUUAUUGUCACUUUUGGUAGUAACGUGUUCAGUUGUGAGCGAUUAGAUAUUAAACAAUGGGCAUGGAGUUUACUUUUCGGUGUUGGUUCACUUCUAUGGCAACAGUUACUUCUAUUUAUCCCAAUCAAGCCAUUUAGUCGAUGUUUCUCGGGAAUAUAUCGUGUAUGUUGCCCAUGCUUGUCCAAGAGAAAGAAAAAGAAUGAGGAUAGAGAAGAAGAAGAUGAUGAACCUCGAAACAAAUCAGGCGGAAAACGCGAGAAAAGACGGCAUUCGAAGAAAGGAAGUACUGAAGAUGAUAAUGAACAAAUCUUCGGCAAAUAUGCUACUGUCGGGCAUUUGACAAAUGCGACGGUUGUAAUGGCACCACCACCAAUGUUCGCACGAUAUAUGCUUCGAAAAAGUGUUGAUCGACUGAAUACAGAGUUUCAAGUUAUUAAUGCCUUUCGUUCGCGAUUGGAAGUGGUAAAAGAGAAAAAAACUGAAAUAUCUACUGAACAGAAACGCAAUAGCCAAGAUCAUUUAAUCGAUGAAUAA